CCCCACCUCCUCAUUUCUGCUGACUGUCUGCCCACCCUCUCCUCCCCUUCAUCUCCUCGCCUCACCCCUCUCUGGAUGCCAGUAGAGUCUAGUCAUGGAGCGGUUGACAGUCACACACCAACCAGGACUGUCAGUCAUCAGAAGAGACUCGGCAUUAUCGUUUCAAGGGGAGGACGUGGGGGGCUUCACCGCAGGAAGUGCAGCUGACUGGAAGUCAAACAACGCCCCCGCAGCGCCAGACCCAAUACUCAUGCAGCCCGGACUGGGCGUCACCACGACAACCAUCACCACCAUCACGCAGACGGGAGGAGACUGGAGCACCGGCUUGUUCGACGUCUGCGGAGACGAGACCACAUGUAUCCUGGGGGCUCUGGUGCCGUGCUGUUUAGACCUGAGUUUAGCUCACCAGUACGGGGAGAGUGUGUGCACUCCUCUCUUACCAGGAUCAACCUUUGCCCUACGAGUCGGGAUCAGAGAACGCUACAAGAUACGGGGAAGUGUGUGUGAGGACUGGACCACAGUGUAUUGCUGUUACCCUCUGGCCGUAUGUCAGAUGAUAAGAGAGAUGAAGCGGAGGAUGAAGACUCGGACGUAUCAUGUGUCCACUGCCCUUGAGUGCUCCUGAGGAAACUCGAGACGGUGAACGAAGGCUUUCCCUUUUUCACAAUGCAACAGAGACUGGCGAGGACCUGCUGAGAUUACCGGUACGAAGAGCACGAGGAAUCAAUACUGCGAGGUUAGAACUUACUUUUAACGGCCCCCGAGGAUGCCUUGGACAAUAAAUCAAACCUACCCUACAAUGUGCAAAGAGGACUGGAAAGGGUGAACCUUGAUAAAUGGGGUAAACAGUCACAGCUUAAACCAACCAUGGACUGUUGGGGGGAUAGCAUGACUACAUUCUGCAGAGGCAAUAAUUCAUGGACUACAUCUUGCGAUGAGUGAAAAGCAGGUGGAAAGGCAGAGGAUUAUUACAUCUGCCAAAAAUGCUAUGUUUUCAUUGCUGUUUGUCUGUCUCUCAGCAGGAUUACAAAAAAACGACUGAACCGAUUUUCCAUGAAAUUGUUUCUUGGGAGUGCCCCAAGAAAGAACCCGUUAAAAUACCUGAGCUGAUCUGGAUGAACGGGUGGAUCCACGAAUUCUUUUUCACAAAUCUUCCACACGGCAAGAUGGGGCAUUAUAGCCUUGGCGGAGGUGUGCACUCUCUGGAGCCUUCGGGUUAGGUUUAUAGGAAACGUUCAAGAUAAAAUUUAAAAAACUGCCAA